GUCGUCUAGGAAAUAAUAGGUUGCAGUUGCAGUUGCAGCAUUUAAUGAAGGCAUGGAAGCCAUAGAUUUUCAGAAUCUCUUCUUUUUUAUUGUUUCUGACUCUUAAUACUCUACCUUCAUUCACCUCUCUCUCACUCUCUCUCUAACAACCCUUUAUUAGGAAGAGAAGAACGAGAAGAAGAGCUCUCACUCUCUAGAAUUAGAGCCCACUCUCUAGAACACUACCAUCUCUCUCUUUCUAUAAUAGCUCAACAAUGGUUUGGGUGGUUUUGGGCGCGUGGUUCGCAGUGAUUUUUUAUUCUUGGUGGUGGUGGGGGACGAGAAGGGGUCCAAAAAACGUGCCCAAAGGCUCUCUUGGAUGGCCUUUCAUAGGAGAAACCCUAGACUUCAUGUCUUGGGGUUACACAGCAAAGCCAGAGGCUUUCAUGGAGAAGCGCAGCUCACUAUAUGGUAAAGUAUUCAAGACGCACGUGUUUGGACGUGCUACAAUCGUGUCCACGGAUGCGGAGGUGAGCAAAAGUGUGCUCCAAAACGAUGGUCGCAUAUUCGUCCCGUAUUACCCGAAGUCCCUGACCAUGCUCAUGGGUGACCCUUCCAUACUCCUCAUCAACGGUGCUCCUCAUCGUAAGCUCCACGCCCUCCUCUCCUCUUUCUUCAAAUCUCCCUCCCUCAAAGCCCAGGUCGCACGUGACAUGGAGCACCACCUCCACCUCUCUAUGCCAUCCUGGUCCCAACGCUGCUCCCCCCUUCGCAUUCAAGACCAGGCCAAGAGCAUGGCAUUUGAAAUUUUAGUAAGAGCCUUGAUGAGUGUGGGCUCAGGCAAAGACAUGAACUUCUUGAGGCACGAGUUCCGAGAGUUUAUUGCUGGUUUGAUGUCUUUGCCUUUCAACUUACCCGGUACCAGGCUACGCAAGUCUCUGCAGGCCAAGAAGAGGAUCAUGAAAUUGGUACGUCAAAUUAUUGAGGAGAAAAGGAAGAAGAGGAAGCAAGGUUUGAAUCCCAUGGAUGAUGUUAUAGACGUGCUAAUCAACGAUAGCCAACAAGAUGCACAAGAAGAAGGAAAUGAAAUAGAAAUGAAGGAUGAUCUUUCAAUGGCUAACACUGUCAUAGACAUGAUGAUACCCGGAGAAGAUUCGGUCCCUGUCCUCAUAACGCUUGCCCUCAAAUUCCUCACUGAUAAUCCUACUGCUCUCCAGCAAAUGCGGGAGGAGAAUUUGAAGCUGAAGAGAUUGAAAGCUCAGGCAGGUGAAAAGCUGUGUUGGACAGACUAUAUGUCGUUGUCGUUUACACAGAAUGUGAUCACCGAAACUUUGAGGAUUGGAAACAUAAUAAAUGCGGUGAUGCGCAAAGCUCUAAAAGACGUGGAGAUCAAGGGAUAUUUGAUACCAAAGGGGUGGUGUGUGUUGACUUCAUUUAGAGCAGUUCACCUAGAUGAGGAAAACUUCAGCAACCCUUACCAAUUUAAUCCUUGGAGAUGGAAAGAUAAAGAAGCUGGCGGUUUCACCUUCACUCCUUUUGGGGGCGGCUACAGGCUUUGCCCUGGCAUUGAGCUCUCUAGGCUUGAAGCUGCUGUUUUCCUCCACCACUUUGUCACUUCUUUCAGCUGGGUGGCCGAAGAAGAUUCAAUUGUCAACUUUCCAACAGUCCGGAUGAAAUGUGGACUGCCUCUUACCCUAACACCCCUUCCUUCUUACCCAUCCUUCCCUUCUCAAUAGUCCAACUCUCUCUCUCUCUCUCUCUCUCUCUCUCUCUCUCUCUCUCUCUCUCUCUCUCUCUCUUUGAUAGUUCAUAAUGUACAGCAUCACCUACCUCCACGUCUUCUUUUUUUUUUUUUUGGAGAAUGUUAAUCACCAACUUCCAUACCAUUAUAAUGUAUACGCAAACUAUAUAUAUGCCUAAUAACAUUUCAUUUGGCAUUUAUCAAAAUGCAAUGUCUGGUAUUGUUCUUUGAUGUUA